AUGUCCGUUGCACCCUCUGCUGAGCUUGACCCUACCGCUGCAACACUUCUAGCCGAGCGUCAUCUACCAGCAGCAAAGGGCGACGACGACGACAACGAGUUCGGAGACGUGGACGAAGCUGCAAUGCUGUUUCUCGACGGCGGGGACACCCAGGCUUUUGAAGACGACGAUGACUUUUCCGCGCCCGCCGUCGGUGAGGUAGGUUUCGUCUCCAGCUACCAAUAUCCUAGCCAGCCUUGGUACUACGACUACAACGUUGGCUCUUCGAUGCUGCUUGGCCCAGAGCACAUCGAAGUCUCGCAGUCCCUCGACGAAGAUCUUUCACACCAGAUCUGA